AUGGAGCUGGUGGCGGGCUGCUACGAGCAGGUUCUUUUCGGGUUCGCGACGCGACCCGACGAGCCCUGGACAGUUGUGCCUGAUUUUACACAUCAUGCCCACUCCGCCUCAUUGUCAGCAGUAGCAGUGAAUAACAGAUACGUGGUCACUGGGAGCAGAGAUGAGACAAUCCAAAUCUAUGACAUGAAAAAGAAGAUAGAACAUGGGGCAUUGCUGCAGCACAAUGGCACAAUAACUUGUUUGGAGUUCUAUGGUACUGCACAUCUACUGAGUGGGGCUGAAGAUGGAUUGAUUUGUAUCUGGAAUACAAAGAGAUGGGAAUGCCUGAAAUCCAUUAAGGCACAUAAGGGGCAUGUGACAUCUCUUUCUAUUCAUCCUUCUGGGAAAUUAGCUUUGUCAGUAGGAACAGAUAAAACACUAAGAACUUGGAAUCUUGUAGAAGGACGGUCAGCCUUUAUCAAAAAUCUGAAGCAAAAUGCUCACAUAAUUAAAUGGUCCCCUGGUGGAGAGAGGUAUGUGACUGUGAUAACAAAUAAAGUGGAUAUCUACAAACUUGACACAGCUUCAAUCAUUGGCACUAUCACAACAGAGAAGAGGAUUUCUUCACUUAGAUUUAUUACGGAUUCUAUAAUUGCCAUAGCUGGAGAUGAUGAAAUUUUAAGGUUCUACAGCUGUGACUCUCAAAAAUGCCUGUGUGAAUUUAAAGCUCAUGAAAACAGAAUAAAAGAUAUCUAUAGUUUUGAAAAAGCAGGAAAACACAUCAUUGUUACUGCAUCCAGUGAUGGUUACAUUAAAAUGUGGAAUCUGGAUCUCAAUAAGAUUGAAGAUGAGCCAUCUUUACUGUGUGAAGUCAAUACCAAAGCUAGGCUGACUUGUCUUGCAGUAUGGCUUAACCAAGCUUCAGAAGUGAAAAAAAAUUCUGAUAGAGAUGUAACAUCAUCAUCUCAAGUUUUGAGCAUGGCAGUGGACUGGCUCGGCUUUGGCUACGCUGCCUUGGUGGCAUCAGGAGGGAUCAUUGGCUACGCAAAAGCAGGUAGUGUCCCAUCACUAGCUGCUGGCCUUGUCUUUGGGAGCUUGGCUGGACUGGGUGCCUAUCAGCUCUCACAGAAUCCAAACAAUGUGUGGAUUUCUCUGAUUACAUCUGGAACACUGACUGCCAUCAUGGGAACAAGAUUUUACAACUCUGGAAAAUUCAUGCCUGCAGGGCUAAUUGCUGGUGUCAGGCCACCACGAAUGAAGGCACAAACCCCCCUGCUGAACAGCAACGAGAUUCCAGAAAUCUCUGCAGAGAGCAGAAAAUUUCAGAAGUCCUUUAUUGCUGCAUUGUAGAAUUCCUAGCAUUACAGAGUUUUGGAGUCCUACUUAGAGAAGAUGUCCUGGAAACCCUUAACAGACAAAGUAGCUAACAAAAGUCCCGAGCAUAUCCCUAGCAACAUCCUUUUUAUACCCAAGCCCUAGCUGAAUCCCUAACCAAACUCCCUAGAGAAGCCCUAACCUCCCCAGUCUGCCAUACAGCUCGCAGUGGCUGUUUUUCAUACACUGUUACCAAUCACCUAACCAGUAAAAUUCAACCGCAUAUGUAAGCUAAAAUAUUUUCCCAAUAAGAGGUGCCAGCAUGUCAGGGAGGUGGCUUUUGCAGUGUGUUCCAGUCAAAGGGUGCCAACAUGAGGAUGUUGUUCUUGGCACACAUGGAAUGUUAAUGUUUUGCUCUAUGCAGCAUGCUGAGUAAUUGGUCAGCUAAGAAAUCUUGCACUCUGCACCUGUCCAGCUGCUGCCCUCUGCAGAGGGGCUGCAGCACCUGACAUUGUCCAAUCCAGAAUACUCUAUUGGCCAGUUUGGAUCCGUUGCUCUCAACAUGUUCCCUCACAGCUUCUCAUGCACCUGCACACAUGGGAAAUUGGGAUGGCCUUGAUUUCUUACCAACAAUUAAAAACAUAUUAUCAGCAUUCUUCUCAUAUCAAAUCCCAUACUGAAUCCAAACCACAGCACUAUUCUUGCUACUAAGAAGGAAACAUUGCUCUACCCCAACAGAAACCAAGACAACCUGCAAUUAAGAAAGUAUCCACAAAGAGGUACCAGGAGUAAUCAGCUCGAUAUCAAAUACAAAAAUCAGUGUAUACUACACAAUUCAUACUGAGUAUUACAGCAUGCUUUACCUCUUGCCCUCCAAGUUCAUAUACCAUGUCUGUAUAACACCACACCUCUUUUUAUUGUGAAAUUAUGAUAAAAUGUUGUUUUUCUACAAGUAAAAUAUGUCACAAACCUUAAUUUGGCAUGUUUUUUACAUCCUUCCUGUGUAGGGGGG